AUGCUCAAAGUCAUGCUCAUGUCUCCCAUUUCCUUAUUGCCUGAGCUGAAACAGUACACCAAUCAACAUUUGUCCAUCAAAAUGAAGUUGCUUCUUGCCUUGUACAUCUCUUUCUCUCUCUUCUUCUCAGUAACCAUGCUGGAUUGUUUAAACUGCACUAGUGAUUCAGGAUUGUGUAACACCACGUUUUCACAACAGUGUCCACCAGGCAACUCAUGUACUCCUUUGAGAUACAAUUAUUCUGUGCCAGGGCUUAAUGUGAAAAUGAUUGGGGAGAUUCAUGGCUGCCUUCCACAGGCUGUCUGUAAUCAAGCAAAUCCAGGUGUUUUAGAAACCACUUACUCGGCUAAUGUUGGAGUAGCAAGUGGUUUCCUUUCCAUCUCUUGCUGUGAAUCUGAUAAUUGCAACAUCAUCAUUAUCCCUGAGCCAGACAACAAACCAAAUGGACUUCAGUGUUUAAGCUGCAAGAGGUUAACAGACACAACAUGCACCUCUUCUAUUUCUUGUGUGGGAAGUCAAGGUCAUUGUAUGACUGAACAGGUUAGGUUUUUAGACCUGGCAAACUUAACAAUCAAGGGAUGUGCCUCUAAAAGCUUCUGUGAUAUCAGUUUUCAAAAUUCCACACUGGGAGAUGUCCACUGUUGCUCAAGAAACUUGUGUAAUGGGAGUGAAGCCUGGAAUAGACAGGAUGUUGGUCUGUUACUGAUGAUCCUAACUGCUAUUAAACUACUUCAAUAA